AUGUUGUCCUCACCAUCACCCAGAAAUACAGCGUGGAUGGCUCACACUCGAUCGACGUCGCUCGACCUCUCACCUUCGAUCUCGACCGUCUUGGGAUCGCCCCUGACAACGGGCUUUCCUUUCCCCAGCGUCGGCAAUGGCACCAUCAGCGGUGGUGACGGCGCCUCAGGCUCCAGCUCCGCACUCAGCUCCAGCCCAGCGAUCGGUUACGGUUCACCAAGAUGGUCAACGAUCCCAGUCACCCCUAAUAGCCCACCACCGAUGUACGCACCCCCAGGUGCGAUCUUUAGCCUCGGCGUUCCAGGAACUCCGGGCAUGGGCUUUCUGGGUCCGGGUGGUGGAGCCACGGCUGGUGUCUUUCGCGGCAGUCUCGCCUCACGGAGGAAUUCGAGGCACCACAAAGCCUCGAAGUUGCUUGAGCGAUCGUAUCUGCAAAGGGUCGAGUGUUUGUUAUUGGUCGAAAUCAUGUCAGUCUAUGUUCUGGUACCCUUCUUGACCACUCGCACUGACAGAGAUUUGUUCACAGCGCUUCGAUCAUCCUGAUCCUCCUCUAUUUCCACCUCUACGCGAUCUCAAAUUCAUCUUCCCCGAGUGGCCCCAUCAUCCGUGGCCCAGCGGCCGAACCCUCCGCACGCCAACCCUCAAGACCUUUCCUCGCCUUCAUCCCUACACCCACUUCCCAACCUUCUACUCUUCUCACCACGUCGGCGUUUCUGUGUCUUGUGGCCGCUUUUAGGACGGGCGCUCAUCGGAUCGCACUCUCUCUCGAUCCCGUCAGUGGGAUGGACAACCUCGAUGGAGGGAAGGGUUUGGCGGUGCAGAUGGCUACAUUAGGUUAGUGGCCUCACCCCAAUUAGGCAUAAUCAUUUAUGUGCUGAAGCUGAAUUACUCAUACUCCACUCUCAGGCGCUGCGGUAGGGAUCAUGCAUCUCCCUUUGCUGGUGAUGCUCCGACACCCGACGAUCAUGUUCGGCGUAGCCGCCUGGGGCCUCACUGCGCUCCUCGUCGGUGGGAUCCUCUACGAGUCAGUACUUCGUUUUGUCAUCUCAAUCCAUACCACUUGAAUACCGAUUGGCUCGCUUCUUCUAUACACAGUUCUCUCCGCCGCGCCACGAAUCUCGAAGAGGCGUGCAAUGCUGAUCUCGCGAGCUGGCCAAGAGAUAAGGAGAUGGGUGGAUCAUGA